AUGGCACCUACAGAAGCUCUUAAGCGAUCGAACCUUUUUGAUCUCAAAGAUCGAGUGGCUGUGGUUACGGGCGGAGGGUCAGGCAUCGGCCUCAUGGCCGCUCAAGCCCUGGCCGCAAACGGCGCCAAGGUCUACAUUUGCGGACGCACCGCCGAGAAGCUCCAGAAGGCAUCCGACGCCCACGAAGGUCAGGCGCCCGGCCAAAUUAUCCCCAUUACCGCCGACAUUAGCUCCAAGGUGGGCAUCAACGCCCUCGUCGACGAGAUUCAGCGCCGGGAAGACUGCGUCUGCCUGCUGGUGAACAAUGCAGGCAUCAGCAGCACCUCUGGCGACGUGGCCGAGGCCAAGUCGGCGCAGGAGCUGCGCGAGGCCCUCUUUGACUCGGGCGACUCCAAAUUCGACGAGUGGGAGAGCGUCUACCGCACAAACGUCACGUCCAUGUUCUUCACCACGGCCGCCUUUUUGCCGCUGCUGCAAAAGUCGACCGAGAAGCACGCCGGCUGGUCCGCCGCCGUCAUCAACAUUACGUCCAUUUCCGGGCUCGUCAAGACGGCCCAGCACCAUUUCGCGUACAAUGCGUCCAAGGCGGCCGCGGAGCACUUGACGCGCAUGCUGGCGGCGGAGAUUGCGGCGGCCGGUCUCAAGAUUCGCGUCAACAGCAUUGCGCCGGGUGUGUUUCCCAGCGAGAUGACGGCCAAGGAAAGCGAUGAUAAACAAAAGAGCUCUCUGCCCAAGGACAAGUUGGCGCAAAUUCCCGCUCAGAGACCUGGCCGUGACGAAGACAUGGCUCACACUGUGCUAUUCACUGCUGUGAACCAGUAUUUGAACGGACAGAGAGUCGUGGUCGAUGGUGGCUACACGCUUAGUGCUGGCAUGUAA